AUGAUGAAAGCGAAGGGAAAAGGGAAAGAAAAGAAAGCCACCCCUGUCAAACUAGCCUCACAUGAAAACCACAAGGCUCAAAUCAUUGAGCCACCUGAUGGCGGUUGGGGUUGGGUGGUCAUGUUUGCCUCCCUGCUGUGUAAUGUGAUUGUUGACGGUGUGUGCCUCUCCUAUGGAUCAAUCAAACAGGUGUUUGAAGAUUACUUUGGUGCAUCAGCAACCGCUUCUGCACUUGUUGGUUCUUUAUUAGCUGGAUGUUACCUUAUGAUGGGUCCGUUUGUGAGCACUUUGGCCAACAAAUAUGGUUGCCGUAAAGUCACCAUUGCUGGAAGCCUCUUUGCAGCCGCAGCAUUCUUCAUCAGUAGCUUCUCGACUAACAUUCAGAUGUUGAUAAUUACCUAUGGUGUUCUUGGAGGAAUUGGAUUUGGUCUCAUCUACCUCCCUUCAAUUGUGAUAAUUGGCUACUGGUUUGAAAAGAAGCGGGCCUUUGCCACUGGUGUAGCAGUAUGUGGCACAGGUCUUGGCACUUUCCUUUUCCCUCCAAUCAUAGAGUACCUGUUACAGAGAUACAACUGGCAAGGGAGUACCCUCAUAAUAUCAGCUUUGAUUCUCAACUGUGCUGUGUGCGGAGCGCUUUUCCGGCCAGUGCGGCCUCAGGCCAAACGUAUGAAACGUGGAUUUGUUGCUCAGGGCUCGAUUAUGAAAGCCCUGAUCGAGGAGAAAAAACGACAACGUACUAUUUCCAACGGAUCUCUCGACAACUGCAUCAUCACCAAGGACAACAGAUUGAUUAAGCUAGAACGUAUCGGAUCAAACCGGAGUAGCAUUGCAUCAUAUUUUACCAAAUCAAAAAGUCCUUACAGUUCGAAGUGUCCAAGCAAAAACAGUUUGCUUCCACCGAACAUUGUAGUGGAGAGUUUGAAAAAUGGCAAUGCUGGUAGUACGAAGCCACUAAGUACCAACUUCUUACGGCCUCCAAUGUUUCCUUCAAUGGAAAUUCCAGAAGGGAGCAAAUCAGUCCCUGGUAGCACGAUGUGUAUGCCCAAGGCACAAAGUUGUGAUUCACUGACUCUAGAAGACCCGUGGGACAAGCUAUCGGAAGAGGGCUCUCUAAGCACGCGGAGUCUCAGUUAUGUCGGUGUCAGUGAUUCUCGGAUGGAAGUAAAUGACGAACCAGCAGAACAGCAGUCUUUGCCAAAUAGCAAUUCAGCCAGUCCGUGUGAGAGCCGAUGCGAGAGCCGGCUGACAAUCAACAGUUAUCCUGAGGAUACCCGUAAAUAUUUACUUUAUGACAAAAGACAAGACCUGCCCCCAUGUCUCAUGGGCAGUAGUCUUGUCAGUAUCACAAAAUUUCAGGCCAGUAUUCGUAGUUUGGAUAGUAUAUAUGAAAACACGGGUCAUUCCAUCAAGCUUUUUCAGAUGAUCCAAGAAAUUAUUGAUCUGUCCCUUUUCAAGAAUGUCACGUUCUGUCUUCUCCUUACCUCAAGUUUUCUUAGCAUGUUAGGUUUUUUCAUCCCAGUAUUUUACCUGCCCACAUUAGCCAAGCAAGUUGGCAUGGACAGCCAAGCUUCUUCUUACCUGGUGUCUGUCAGUGGUGUUACUAACAUUAUAGGACGUCUUCUGUCUGGCUUUUUGGCUGACCGACCAGUUUUUGGAGCACUUCACAUCAAUAAUACAGCAUUAAUUGUGGUCGGUCUUGCCACUGUGUUUUGUCCCUUUCUUAAGGACCAAACAACACUUAAUAUUUACAGUGGAAUUUACGGAUUAGGAAUAGCGGCAUUCGUAUCAUUACGGUCAAUCCUUUUAGUAGACCUGAUUGGUCUUGAUCGACUGACUAACUCUUUUGGGUUGCUAAUUCUUUUCCAAGGAAUAGCCUCAAUGGCAGGAUCCCCUCUAGGAGGUUAUCUUAAAGACAUGACGGGCAAUGUGAACGCGACUUUCUACAUGAGUGGUGCUAUGUUGACCCUCUCCGGAAUACUGUCACUUCCGCUGAACCGACUCAAAAACUGGCAAGAAGAACGAAACAAAGCCAGUCCAGAAGAAGUCCCCAUUAACGACACCGUUAAGACAGAGAGUCCUUCAGACAGUGGUGUCAGUGUUACGUGA